AUGGCGGAUGGCAUCGGACAGCAGUUGUUUUAUGCUCAGAUAAGAUUAAUUGAUCCUGAUAAUUCUGGGGCAACUCUUUGCUCUGGAAGAGUGGAAAUCUAUAACAACAACAGAUGGGUAACAGUCUGUGAUGAUGGCUGGGACCUAAAUGAUGCUGAGGUGGUCUGCAGACAGUUAGACUGUGGACCAGCACUGAAUGCCACUCGAUCAGCUCACUUUGGUAAAGGAACAGGACAAAUCUGGCUGGCUGGUGUGUCCUGCUCAGGAAGUGAAAGUUCUCUAACUGAUUGUCUGCACAGAGGAUUUGGUUCACACGACUGUGGACAUUAUCAGGAUGCUGGUGUCAUCUGUUCUGAAAUCAGAUUAACUGGGCCUCAGUCAACUCGCUGCUCUGGACGAGUUGAAAUCUAUCACAACAACAGAUGGGGAACAGUCUGUGAUGAUGGCUGGGACCUAAAUGAUGCUGAGGUGGUCUGCAGAGAGUUAGAGUGUGGAUCAGCAUUGGAUGCCACUCAAUCAGCUCAUUUGGGUGAAGGAACAGGACAAAUCUGGCUUGAUGAUGUGACCUGUUCAGGAAGUGAAAGUUCUCUAACUGAGUGUCAGCACGAAGGAUUUGGGACUCAUGACUGUACUCACCAAAAGGACGCUGGUGUCAUCUGUUCAGGUGUGCCCAUCAGAUUAGCUGGUUCUGGGUCCACUCAGUGCUCUGGAAGAGUUGAAAUCUACCGUCAAAAAAGAUGGGGAACAGUCUGUCAUCAUGGCUGGGACCUAAAUGAUGCUGAAGUGGUGUGCAGGCAGUUAGACUGUGGAUCGGCACUGAAAGCCACUCAGUCAGCUCACUUUGGUGAAAGAACAGGAGACAUCUGGCUGAAUGAAGUGUCCUGUUCAGGAAGUGAAAGUUCUCUAGCUGAUUGUCAGCACAGAGGAUUUGGGACACACUCCUGUGGACAUCGUGAGGAUGCUGGUGUCAUCUGUUCAGGAAUCAGAUUAGCUGGACAUCAGUCUACUCAGUGCUCUGGAAGAGUUGAAAUCUAUCACAAUAAAAUAUGGGGAACAGUCUGUGACCAUGGAUGGAGCACAGAAGAUGCUGAGGUGGUCUGCAGACAUUUAGGCUGUGGACCGGCACUGAAUGCCACUCAGUCAGCUCACUUUGGUGAAGGAACAGGACAAAUCUGGCUUGAUGAAGUAUCCUGUUCAGGAAGUGAAAGUUCUCUAACUGAGUGUCAGCACAGAGGAUUUGGGACACACUCCUGUGGACAUGGUGAGGAUGCUGGUGUCAUCUGUUCAGGUGAGACUCUUUUUAAAUCACGCACUUCAGGUCGUUGCUCUGGACGAGUUGAAAUCUACAAUCAAAAAAGAUGGGGAACAGUCUGUGAUGACGGCUGGGACUUGAAUGAUGCUGAGGUGGUCUGUAGGCACUUAGACUGUGGCACAGCACUAGCACCUCCUAAAGAGGCUCAUUUUGGUGAAGGAAGUGGACCAAUCUGGCUUGAUGGUGUGGCCUGUUCAGGAAGUGAAAGGUCUAUAAUCCAGUGUCAGCACAGAGGGUCUGAGAAAAAUGGCUGCACACACCAUAAAGAUGCUGGUGUCAUCUGUUCAGGUGCACGCAUCAGAUUAACUGGGUCCACUCGUUGCUCUGGAAGAGUUGAAAUCUUUUACAACAACACUUGGGGAACAGUCUGUGAUGAUAGCUGGGAGUUAAAUGAUGCUGAGGUGGUCUGCAGAGAGUUAAACUGUGGAACAGCACUGAAAGCCACUAAGUCCGCUCACUUUGGUGAAGGAAGAGGAUCGAUCUGGCUUGAUGAUGUGGACUGUUCAGGAAGUGAGAGAUCUCUGACUCAGUGUCAGCACAGAGGAUUUGGGAAACAUGACUGUACACACAGCAAGGAUGCUGGUGUUGUCUGUUCAGGUGUGCCAGUCAGAUUAUCUGGAAGCACUUUGUGCUCUGGAAGAGUUGAAAUCUUUUACAACAACACUUGGGGAACAGUCUGUGAUGAUAACUGGGACAUAAAUGAUGCUGAGGUGGUUUGCAGAGAGCUCGGCUGUGGAACGGCACAGAGUGCUGCUGUAUCAGCCCGCUUUGGUGAGGGAAGUGGAUCCAUCUGGCUUGAUGAUGUGGACUGUUCAGGAAGUGAGAGAUCUCUGACUCAGUGUCAGCACAGAGGAUUUGGGACACAUGACUGUACUCACCAAAAGGAUGCUGGUGUUGUCUGCUCAGUGAUCCUCCCAAAGCCCAGAAUCUUCAUGAUUCCUGCUGGUAAAGUUGAGUGGAGAAGUGAUGUCAGCAUCACUUGUUCAAUAUCACCUCAAAGCCAACAGCUUCUACAAGGAGAAUUUACUCUGAAGCAGAUUUCAGGCUCAUUCAGUCAGACAAAACCGUCAACUACCAACUCUGCUACAUUCAAGAUCCUCAAAGUAGAUUUUGACAAGGACGGAUUGUACCAGUGUGAAUAUUCAUACGACUCCAGCAUCUCCACAAGUGACUCUGUCACCGUCUCUGUUACUGAUUCAAGAACUCCAAUCCUGAGAUAUGUUUUCCUGCCACUGGUUCUGUUUUUGGAGAACAUUGCCCUUUAUUUCUACUAUAAGGUCAUCAAAAAGCAGAAAUCAGACAAAAAGGAGAACGAUGAGAUGGAUGUUUCCAGAUCUGAAGAAGUGGAGGCUGAGGAGGAAGCGGUCCAAGAAAUAGAAUAG